CAAAGAAAAACCAGCUUGUAAUAAUAUUGUAGGUUUUAUUUUCGUUUGAUUUCUUAAUUUGUUGGUUAAGGGGCAUGGUUGGUUGGACCAGACACAAGUUGGGGGGGUUCAACCUGUUUCUCUAUAAUUAGCAAAGCAACAACAUAAAAAAAACAUGUAUAUACUGAUCGAUGUCUCUCUUUAAUGCCACUUUGACUAUUUCAUUUUCAUAUCUUUCCCUCUAACACCCUUCUUUCUUGACAAUUCCAAAAACCAUCACCACCACUACCAUCUUGACAACAUUUCUACCGAAUCAUCAUCAUCAUCAUCACCAUAUUCAUAUCAUACCAAUUUGGAAAAUCCCUUUUCAUUGAUGUCAACAGAAAAAGGAGGCAAAGAUGAAUCAUCAACGUGGAUUCUUGAGGGCAUUGAUAUUGAUCCCAUUGUGGAGAGGCCUAAAAGGGAUGAUGAAGCACCCCCUAAUGGAAUCAUGGUGCUUAAAUCUCCCAAUGAUGCUGAUGUGAACAACAACAACAAUAGCAAUGUGAGGAGCAGGGUUGGCAUUCAGGGGAAUAAUGGGGGGAGGAAAAUGAUGAGGGCUGAAUCAGGAGCAGCUAGAGGGAUUAAGAGUUUACGGUUUCUUGAUAGAACGGUCACAGGGAAGGAAGCUGAUGCAUGGAAGUCCAUUGAGAAGCGCUUUACUCAAAAUGCAGUUGAUGGAAAGCUCACAAAAGACAAAUUUGGAACCUGCAUGGGCAUGGGGGCAGAAUCAAAGGAUUUUGCUGGGGAGCUGUAUGAGGCCUUGGCAAGGAGGAGGAAAGUCUGUGCAGAAAAUGGGAUAACUUUGGAUGAAGUUAAAGUAUUCUGGGAGGACAUGACUAACAGAGAUCUUGAAUCAAGGCUUCAAGUGUUCUUUGACAUGUGUGACAAGAAUGGGGAUGGUAGGCUAUCAGAAGAGGAGGUUAAGGAGGUUAUAGUGUUGAGUGCCUCAGCAAAUAAGCUAGGAAAUCUCAAAGUGCAUGCUGAUGCGUAUGCAUCUUUGAUAAUGGAAGAGCUUGACCCUGAUCAUAAUGGAUAUAUAGAGAUGUGGCAGCUAGAAACUCUUCUGAAGGAAAUGGCUAGUGCGGAAGAUGGCACCAAAAAACUUGAUAAUUGUAGAGCCAUGACUUUGAGUAGAGCUAUGAUACCGAGCAAGUAUAGAACUCCUGUGAGCAAAUUUCUAUCUACAACUGCAGAAUUUGCUUUGGAUAAAUGGAAAAAAAUAUGGGUUGUCGCGCUUUGGUUGGCCAUAAACUUGGUGCUUUUUAUUUGGAAGUUUAAGCAAUACAGGGAAAGGGAAGCCUUUAAGGUCAUGGGUUACUGUCUAUGCUUUGCAAAGGGUGCUGCUGAGACUCUCAAGUUCAACAUGGCUCUUAUUGUCCUAACCAUGUGCAGAAGAACACUUACAAAACUAAGAGGAUCAUUUCUAAAUCGAAUCAUACCUUUUGAUGACAAUAUAAACUUCCACAAGACAAUUGCAGUAGCUGUGGUUAUAGGGACUUUUAUUCAUGUAAUGAUGCAUAUCACUUGUGAUUUUCCAAGAUUAAUAUCAUGCCCAGAAAAUAAGUUCAUGUCGAUACUUGGGCAAGAUUUUAACUAUGAGCAGCCUACUUUCUACACCCUUCUUAAAAGUAUUCUUGGUGUAACUGGAAUUCUGAUGGUCUUGCUUAUGGCCUUUAUCUUCACUCUAGCGACACAUUAUUUCAGAAAAAGUGUUGUCAAGUUACCUUUGUCGUUGCAUCGAUUGGCUGGUUUCAAUGCCUUUUGGUAUGCACAUCAUUUGCUUAUUGUGGUUUACAUACUCCUGAUCAUACAUGGCUACUUUCUAUUUCUCACCAAGGAAUGGGACAAGAAGACGACUUGGAUGUACCUUGUAGUUCCGCUAGUACUCUAUGCUUUUGAGAGAAUUCACCCAUUUUUUAGGGGUAAAGAUCACCGAGUAAGCAUCAUUAAGGCAAUAAUAUACACAGGAAAUGUUCUGGCACUAUACAUGACCAAACCUCAAGGAUUCAAGUAUAAAAGUGGAAUGUAUCUUUUUGUCAAGUGCCCAGAUAUAUCUAGUUUUGAAUGGCAUCCUUUCUCCAUCACCUCUGCACCUGGAGAUGACUACUUAAGUGUUCAUAUACGAACCUUGGGAGAUUGGACUACAGAGCUUAAAAACAAAUUUACACAGGUUUGUGAGCCUCACAGUGCUCAACCAAGAAAGGGAAACCUUAUGAGGAUGGAAACUAGAGCACCAAGUUCAAACUAUAACCAUUCUUCAAACUCAAGCAUUCGAUAUCCAAAGAUCCUCAUUAAAGGACCAUACGGAGCCCCAGCACAAAGCUAUAAGAACUAUGAUGUCCUCAUGCUCAUAGGUCUUGGAAUCGGUGCCACACCAAUGAUCAGCAUUCUAAAAGAUAUGUUGAACAACAUGAAGUCAGAAAGCCCUAAAGAGGACUCAGACCAUAGCUAUCACUUAGACGAUCAAAUUAAGAAAGGUCCUGAAAGAGCAUAUUUUUAUUGGGUAACAAGAGAGCAGUCAUCAUUUGAAUGGUUCAAAGGUGUCAUGGAUGAUAUUGCAGAUUAUGACCACGAUAAUAUCAUAGAAAUGCACAACUAUUUGACUAGUGUCUACGAGGAAGGUGAUGCACGGUCCGCUCUUAUUGCCAUGAUUCAGAAGCUGCAACAUGCUAAAAAUGGAGUUGAUGUAGUUUCAGAAAGCCGGAUACGAACACAUUUUGCAAGACCAAACUGGAAAAAAGUCUUCACUCAAUUAGCAAACGCACAUCAAAGCUCUCGGAUAGGUGUAUUCUACUGUGGAAGCCCUACUCUUACAAAAACAUUGAAGGAACUUUGUCUCGAGUUCAGCCUAAACUCAUCUACCCGUUUUCAGUUUCACAAGGAGAACUUCUAAAGCAGAAAUUCACACAGCAUCAAUCCUGAAUUUAGCACUUGGCUUCAUCAAACAAUAGAAGAUUAUAGAAAUCUAUAGUGAGUUUGGAUUGAGAGUUUUUGUAAGUUUCUUGUAUGUAGUUAGACGUCUGAGUUGUGAUGGUUUUGCAUAGAUAUCUUUAUAGUGUAAUUUAUAUUUUUUUUCUCAACCUUUGUCUUCACUCUUCAUCCUUACUUAGUCUCAUGUACAAUUUGCAUAUGCUCAAAGCUUAAUGUUCAUCAAUCUACCAGAGAACUUAUGGUAAA